CUUGUUCUUCUCCAACGCCCUAGCUAUAACCUGGGCAGUGGUGUGGCAUCCAUCCUGGUGAACGGCUCCUUCAGCGAUGGUCGGUGGCACCGGGUCAAGGCUGUUCGGGACGGUCAAUCGGGAAAGAUAACUGUGGAUGACUACGGGGCCAGAACAGGCAAAUCACCUGGCAUGAUGAGGCAGCUCAACAUCAACGGAGCUCUGUACGUGGGUGGAAUGAAGGAGAUCGCCCUGCACACUAACAGGCAAUACCGGCGAGGCCUCGUGGGCUGCAUCUCUCAUUUCACCCUGUCCACCGAUUACCACGUUUCCCUCGUGGAGGACGCCGUGGAUGGGAAAAACAUCAACACGUGUGGAGCCAAGUAACACCAGCUGGCCUUGCCCAAGGGACGGAGCCUUCUAUCCUGAGAAUCCCGGGGGCCCUG